AUGGCAACAGGCACAAGCAAAACCCCUAUUUUAAUUGUGCCCACAACACUUCCAGGACCUCCUACCAUACCCACAGUUCUCACCAGUCCCUCAGCGGCAGCAGCAGGCCCUGUCAGCAGCUUUGAUUUGGGUGACAAACAAAAAAGAUGGGUUGUGAUUGGAAUCACAUUAAAUAGGCUUCUAUUACCAGUUCUCCGUGACUUUGCGGGCAAGGAACUUGCUAAACACUACACAUCAUUGAAGAGCUCCAGUGGAAUAGAUAAACAGGUUUAUUCCACUCACAUGAAGAAAGAUGGUUCAUUUGAUUUAAACUAUGGCAGUAUCAACAACAACUGGGGAAGAUUCAAGAGGAAAGUGCAACUAUAUGAUUAUAAAGUGGCGUCUGCUGAGAAUCUGGCCAAACUUUACCUUGAACCACAUAUGGCCAAAUUUACAGGUUUUGAUAACACAUGCGACUUGUCAGCAGUUUUAGGAAUGCUGGCCAACUCAUCUGUGUUUCAUACGCGCAUCCAAACAAAUGCUAAGGAUGUGCGCUCGAAAGUAAGAAAUGAGUGGGGACACUGUAACUUUGAUCACUGGAAUGAACCGGAGUUCAACUACAGUUUCCAACUCAUGGAGACGUUAAUUCGUUCUUUGGGGCUUCCAGUGGCUGAUGAAGAGAAAGUACUCGAUGAACUUCAGGAGUGGGAAAUUAAGGGUUUGAAAUUGUGUAUGGGUUGCCCAGUGGACAAGGAUUUGAUGAAACUUGUCAGUAUUGAGGUCACCAACUUAGAGAAAAACUUGGAGGCCAUAAAGAAAUUCAAUGCUGAUGAAGCCAAGAGGAUAGGAGAAGCUCUUCAAGACGCCAUAGAUGAAAUAACGAAGUUUAAGAAACGUAUAGCCGACAUUGAAAGUCGACUGGAAGAAGGGCUCCAGGCGCAAUCAGAAAAGAACAGAGAAUUCUCAUCAGCAAUUGAAGAUAUUUCUAACAAUAUAAAUAUAAUAGAGGAACGCCAAGAUACAAAUGAACAAAACAUUUCUUUGUUGGAAGAAAGGCAAAAUGAGGUAGAAUCAGCUGUAGCCUCUUUAAAAGACGGAGAGAGCAACCUUACCUCAAAGGUGGAGGUUUUAGAGUUCGGACAAACUCAGUUAGAUUCUCGCCUGAAAAGGUUAGAAGAGGGUAAUCUUGAAGCUGUAGUCGAUGCUAACAUUUUGCAACUGCCCAGACGCAAUCGUUGCUUUUGUGGUCGCGAAAGUGAGCUAAAAGCAAUUGCAGUGCAAUUAAAAAAUAAUACGAGGGGUUGUUCUGAAUCAGCAAUUUGCGGUCUCGGGGGUGUUGGAAAAACAUCUCUUGCCGUCGAGUUUCUCUGGCGACAGAAAGACAAGGAGGAAUAUUCCGGUGGUAUUUUUUGGAUUUCGGGCGAAAACAACAACCUUUUUCAGUUGUCUGUCAGCGAGAUGGCACGUCAAGUUGGAACUUUUGAUGAGAAAGACUUUCCUAAUUCGCUGUCAAGAACCUUGGACUGGUUGAGAAAGCGCGAGCAGCUGUGGUGUCUAGUGGUUGACAAUCUGGACGAGUUAGAAAUGUCCAUGGAUAUGCGAAAACUGCUGACUGGUCAUUGGAAACAGGCUGCACGUGGUCAUAUCAUCAUAACCACAAGGAGAGAAGCAACGGAAAUCGGAGAAGAAAUGGGAAUCGAAGAAAGCUCUUGUAUUGAGUUGAAACGCUUCACGGAGGAAGAAGGAGUUCAGUUUUUAAAAACAAGAAGUGGGACAGCCGGAGAAGACAACGAUUUUCGUGAGUUGGUUGGAGAGCUUGGCGCACUGCCUUUAGCUCUUGAUCAAGCUGCUGCUUACAUCCGAUCCCUUCGCCAGCCUAUCAAAGAAUACCUGAAGAAGUAUAGAAAACAAAAGAUGCUUCUCUUGAAGAAGAAGAAGGCUCGUAAUCUGGUGGAAAAUACAUCACCUGAGAGAUUGGCAGUUCACACAACAUGGUCGUUAAAUUUUGAGCACGUUAAGAAAAUGUCAGAACAGAUGGAUCUUGGAGAAACCCCCUCAAUUGUCAUGAAAAUGUCUGCCUAUCUAGGUCCCGAUGACAUUCCUUAUCAGGUUAUAAACGAAGGGCUCCACGUUGUGGGAACUUCCGGCCAGGAAGAAAGCGAUUUGUGGGAUGCAGCCGAGACAGUGUCGCUUCUUACAAAGUUUUCCCUUUUUCAAAGGUAUGGGACAGAUUCUUUCAGUGUUCAUCGUCUGGUGCAAGACGUUAUCCGAAGUGAGAUUGAAAAGGACAAAACUGAAGUGCGUAUACUUUGCUGUGCGGUGGACGCACUUAACCAUGCGUUAACAAAAACACGCUCGCCAGCGGAAGUCUGCCAAAGUUUCGUUGAAGAUGCUGUUUUCAGCGUCGAGAAUCCUCCUUCGUUACAACUGUGGGGCAAGCUGGCUUCGCACUCGACCUAUUUGCAAGAACAUUUACUUAGCUACCUAGCGAUACAUGAAAAUGAUGCCGGAAGUUUGCAUACUUUGCUCUACACUGAUGCAACUGUUCGUGUCUUUAACGAAGCAGCGAUAUUUUUCAGUGUUUCGCAGGAGAAAGUAAAAGCUCAGGCAAUGCAAAAAAAGAAACUAGAGUUGCUAGUACAUCUUGAAAAGCCAACACUUGAGGAAGAUUUCCACUUACCGCAUUAUUUCGUCGAUGUACCUUUGAAAGAUAAGGACUACAAGGUGAUAACUUGUUGUAUGAGAAACUCUCUUCUUGAAAACAAGGCCUUGGCUGAAGAAGAUUCUUCUCUUAAUGAAAGGAAGGAGGAAGCCAACCAACUCAGAGAAAAAGGAAACGAUGCAUUCAAAAAAAGAAAUUUCAAAGAAGCAUUGGAUCUUUAUACAAGAGCCAUUGAUUUGUGGCCUGAUGACCACCAGCUGUUCUGUAACAGGGCCCUCUGCCACUUGAAACUUGGAGAAUCAAGAAAUGCUCUGGAAGAUUGUCAAAAAUGCCUUUAUUUAAAACCUGAUUACAGCAAAGCACUUCAACGAAAAGCUUGGGCCCUGCGAGGACUUGUUGAAGGUGGAAAUUGUGAGCUUGAAGGACAGAAACGUGCAUCAGUGGCAGUCGCCCUUCACUUCGAUCCCAAUCUUCGCCAAGACAAAGUGUUUUGUCAGAUGUUUCCUGAAGCGCUAGAACUCUGCGUCAGCGUUAUAUCCAAUGAAACACAACUAGUGUCUGCUUUGAAGACAACACAAGGAGGCGAAACCUUGUUGUUACGUGAAGGAGAAUACCGUUUGACCUCCUUUGUAACCUCAAGUGACCUUCAGAUUGUAGGUCUUGGAUCCAAAACUAUUUUGCAUUGCACACAAACUUGCUUUAUUUUCCGCGCCAAAUGUUAUUUUGAAAAUAUUGUGUUUCCUAAGGGGAACGUUGCUCUCAUCUGCUUUGGAAAAGAUGGCACUGUACAUUUAAAUCAGUGUGAUAUUUCAGGAGGAAAGACAAGUUGUGAGGACUUUCCAGACUGUAAUGGAGGUCCAGGCUGUGUGGCGCCCUCUGCUUGUGAUCGGACGGGAAACUUUGGUGAUUCAAAAUCAAUGUCUGGCAUAGGUGGCUCUCCGGGAGUCGGGAUUUCAGUCGAGGGCUUUGGACUGAUUGAAAACUGUGUAAUUCAUGAGUGUGGGGGUGGAGGUGCCCUUGUUGCUGGGAAAGAUUCUCGACUAUUGGUUAAAAACUGCGAAGUGUACAAAAACCACCAAGUUGGAUUAGAGGCAAGGGAAGGAGGAGAACUUGAAGCUCUUGGAAACAAGAUAUUCUACAAUGGUGAUCAUGGCAUUCUGAUUUGGAAGUACCCUGGGAAAUGUGACGUCAACGACAAUGAGAUUUUUGAAAAUGCAACGGAAGGCAUCCGUGCUGGCAUCACAAAAGAGAAGAUAACCCUACGCAACAACAGUAUCCAUCACAACAGACCCUUUGGUAUUUCCCUUGGUGAUGAUAAUACUCAAAUUGUUAUAAGCAACAAUGAGAUUUUCGAGAAUGGAUUCUGGGGCAUCCUCGCUAAAGGGCGAACAUCGGCAUACAUAGUAGGAAACAAACUGAGUGGUAACAAGUGUGGAGGAAUUUUUAUUGGUAUCAAUUAUUCUGGGAGGGUUCAUCUAAAGACAAAUACUGUAAGAGAUCACAGUGGCCCUUGGCUUGAGUAUUGUCGUUCACUUAACGACAAAGAGACUGAUGCUCUGGGCCAUAUGCUUCCAGAGGGUGAAAAACAGUAUUAUUCGAAGCCUCCCAUUCUAGAAGAAAAUAAACAAUUUAACAACGAGGAAGGCAUGUAUCAUCCCAGAGAGCUGGUUGAACGACUUUGCAAUGGCUGCACUUAUUGCCAUCGUCGAAGAGACAAAAGAGUGCGUUUUUUGAAGUGCCCAGGAUGCCUCAUUGCAUCAUACUGCAGUAAGGAAUGCCGGCGCAACCACCAACCUAAACACGAGACAUUAUGUUUCGCUCUUAAAACUCGUUACGCUGUGGACGUUGACUGUCCUCCCCUAGCUAAGCAAGGAUUUGUAGUGAGGUCGCGGAUAUUUGGUUCUCACUUAGUGGGAAUUGGAGAGGGUCCAAAACCAGAAUCAAACAAGGAGUUUAUUGUCAAAAUUCAAACACAAAGUCUGAACAGCCACCCACUGCAGUUGCUGACACUUUACGACCAAAGCGUCACCAUAGAUUUUGAAAUACAAAGUCCAGAAAUCUUCAACGUGAUAAUGGACUGUGGCGUUCUUGGAGCUUUACACAAGUUUACAAGUAAGAAAUGCUUUUUCUGGGCCAUGUUUAGUGAGCCAGGAGGAAAACUAACAAUUUAUCUUGAUCAUUUGGCUCCUUAUCAGAAGUGGUGAAGGUCUGAGAAUAAUUUAGAUAUCAGAGUUUCUUGGUACAAUAAAUGCCCCUAAGAUUUUAACUAUUGCAUAUUGUUUUGAGGGGUCAAGUAGUCACCAAUAGUUGUCAUUUUGACUAAUACCUGUUCAAACAGAUUGUCAAAACCCUUACGUUUAGGUUUUUCAGUAAUCAGACUUGAAAAUUACUUUUUAUUUUUUAAACAAGAUUCUUAGUAAUUAUUACUGCAUA